CAUCUGAGGAAAAUUAUAUGGAACUAGCAGGAUGAGCGGCGUACAGAAUGAAGCAUUCCUAACCGAAAUGGAGGACGGUACAGCGCUAACGAAACGUAAAUCGAACGGAUUCAUGACAGUGGUUGAGGUAUGUAUGCUUGUACAGGGCGUACCAUCAAUAGCGUACGAACACGAUGAGCCAGCAUCAACGGUCGACGGUCAAACGCUGCCGAGAGCCGGACUGCAGGGACAAUCGACAGACACACUUUACGACAGACUUACCGGGGCCAUCGAGCGGCACAGGAAACACAUCGAGCUGGUCAUCUAUAUUAUACUGAACGUGGUGGUGAUUGUGUUCUUUGGGUUCGCUACCAAUUACUAUCUCGAGUACGAGCAAGAUGAUUGUGGUAUGCAGUGGUGCGAUGGGUAUGGAAUGUUGGUCCUUCUCGUUGGAUUCAUCUAUUUGGGACUUUUGUACUACUACCUGGUGAAACCUGUGCUAGGGCGUCCCUAUAAAGAGUACUUGGCUGAACCAGCAAUCCGAAUUAUAACUCACAUAACGAAACCCUGGUAUGUUCGUUUAGGUGUCCUAUGCCUAGUGCUGGUCGGCUUUGGUCUGUUCGUGUACUUCGAAACGCGUGACCAAACCGAACGACUCAUAUCACUAUCCGGCAUGGCCUUCCUGCUUGUCAUCUCAUUCUGUGUGUCGAAACAUCCGACCAAAAUCAACUACCGUCCCGUCGUGCUCGGUGUAAUCUUCCAGUUUCUGCUCGGUCUGUUCUGCAUCCGGUGGGAGGUGGGCCGUAGCAUAUUUUCCUGCGUCGGCAAUAAGGUGGCAACGUUCCUGAACAACGCCAAAGCCGGUGCAUCGUUCGUGUACGGCAGUGUGCUGGUCGGUGAUGGGGAGAACGAGUACGCCAUCUUUGCGUUCGCCGUGCUGUCUGUGAUAUACUUCUUCAGCUUCUUCAUCUCCAUCCUGUACUAUCUCGGUGCGAUGCAGUGGGUAGUGCUGAAGCUCGGCUGGAUACUGCAAUCGAUCCUUGGUACGACCGUGUGCGAGAGUGUGAUCGCGGCGGCGAACAUUUUCCUCGGCAUGAGCGAAUCACCGCUACUGAUCCGGCCGUACUUGAAAGAUCUAACGUACUCGGAGAUACACUCGAUCAUGACGUCGGGUUAUGCGACCGUUUCGGGUACGGUGUUGGCCGCGUACAUCUCGUUUGGAGCUAACCCGGCUCAUUUGGUAACGGCUAGCGUGAUGGCGGCUCCGGGUGCACUUUGCUUCGCGAAAAUGAUCUAUCCGGAAACGGAGGAAAGCAAAACGCGAUCGGAUAACAUAAAGAUGGAGGAACCAACCGAUUCUUCCAUUCUGGACGCCGCUAGUAAUGGAGCCGGUGCAGCCACCCCGAUCGUCCUAGGAGUCAUCGCCAAUCUGAUUGCGUUCGUGUCCUUUGUUGCCUUCCUGAAUGGAUUGCUCGCUUGGUUCGGAUGGCGCGUCGGUUGGGAGGACGUUUCGUUGGAAAACAUCUUCGGUGCCGUCUUCCGGCCACUUGCGUUCGUGAUGGGAGUGCCCUGGGAUGAUAGCUACUACGUCGGGAAAGUGAUCGGUAUCAAGAUGAUCGUGAACGAGUUUGUAGCCUUUCAAAGGCUCGGUGACUUUAUUACGGAGCAAGUUAUAUCGCCCAGAUCAGCUGCGAUCGCAACGUACGCGGUUUGUGGUUUUGCUAAUCCGAGUUCCAUGGGCAUCAUGAUCGGUACGCUCAGCGCAAUGGUACCCGACAAACGGCACAUCAUCACCUCGGUAGCGUUCCGAGCGUUCCUGACAGGAUCGAUUGUGUGCUUCAUGACUGCCAGCAUUGGUGGGCUGUUGAUGGACGAUUCAAUUUUUAACAAUUUCGGCAAGAUGGGUUCGCUCGAUGAUGCGAUCGUUUUGAACAGUACAGUGCCAAUACUAACUCAGUAGUAUUUGUUAAGUUAAGCUAUAGUAGAUCACAAAAAU